AUGACCUCGGAGACGCACAAGAAGUCGUGCCCGGCUUCGGCCGUGUACCUUCUCAUCAUCAACAGCCUCUACCUGUUGCUUGGCAUUAUGGUGAUUGCUGUGGUGGCAACGGCGCAGGGCAAAGUGAACGUCAACUUGCCUGCAUUUGGUGGAAUUAUUGCUGCGUGGUCGCUCCUGGUGUUUGUGGCCUUCCUCGGCCUGUACGGCACGUUUGGAAACAAGCCCGGCAUCCUCUUCGCAUACAUGAUCCUGCUUGGCCUGCUGUUCCUGAUCCAGUUUUCCUCGUCCAUCGCCGCCCUCUCCAUCUCCUCCUCCCAGCAGCAGUCCCUCCUUGAAUCCGCCUGGUGCGGCAGCUCAAACGCCACCAAGGGCGAAAUUCAACGCCACGGCGACUGCCUUGGCUUCUACACCAACACCACCGGCAUCAACAGCUGCUACGGCCCCGUUCUUGAGCCAGAAUACUGCCCUCGUGGAUGCGUGACUGCCCAGUGCACGCCGGACAAGCCUGCGAAGAAGGCGCCAACGGACCAGUGCGAAGGGUGUUUCGACAAGCUCAAGCCAAAUUUGCAGCGUGUGCUGAACACUGGUGGCGGUGUUGGCCUCACGUUUGCUUUCACCAUGUUUGUGGGCAUCUGGGCGGCGUGGUCACACAGGCGUGCAAAACGGGCGCCCGCCACCUACCGCGAAUUCCUCUGA